AUGCGCCUCGAGCCGGCCCUGGAACGAUUUGUCAAAGACAACCUUCGGGACUCCGACAAGUUCAAGAGGCUCCAGCAGAGCGACGGGGUCGCGGCCGAAAAGUUGUCGCUGGAGACCACUGACCGAGCCCAAGGUGUUUUCCUCUGGGUUCUCCUCGUUGUGCGGUCCCUCCUCCAUGGGCUCAUGAAAGAGGAUGACAUCCAGGAUCUCCGGAAGAGGCUGCGAGCGCUUCCCAUCGAUCUCAAAGAAGCAUUCAGUCAGAUGCUGAACAACAUAGAUGAGUCCUACCGGAAGCGGACUGCGCGGUUGUUUCUCACUCUGGCCCACGCGGCGACUUCGUUCCCGGUUCUUGCCUUCCACUUCAUGGAUUUUGGCGACAAAGCCCCGUCCAAAGAACCUCUACCUUUCCUGAGGUAUUGGACGGACGUCGACAAGAAUGCUGAGCUGUUGCAGGAGAUGGAUCGCAAGAAGCGACGACUGAUAGGACAGUGCAAGGACCUCAUUUUCACCACGCCCGUCCCAAAUGCGCCCGACCUCUUUUAA